AACUUAAAGAUAGCGUCGUCUUUUUUUCCAGAUAUGAUGGAAGCCAUGAAAAGCAUAGUAGUUAUGUCUCAAGUGCUAGAGACAGAAGAGCGCAAUAUGUUGUCGGUGGCCUACAAAAACGUCAUAGGUGCGAGAAGGGCUGCGUGGAGAAUAUUCGCCGGCCUGGAGCAAAAGUAUUCGGAUAACGCCAAGCAAAGUGAUAUGGUCAAAGGGUACAAAGAAAAGAUAGAGAAGGAAAUCCAUGAAAUAUCUGAUGGUAUUCUGGACCUUUUAGAUAAGUACUUGAUCCCAAGCGCUGAGACGGACGAGUCAAAAGUAUUCUUUUACAAAAUGUAAGCAGUGUCAGUGAUAAAUCUUACUUUUAGCUUUGCUUACUUGUCUGUGGUCUUUUGCAAAUAGCUAGUAGAGUUUUUAUAUAGUCUAUAAAAUUUGCGGGAAAAGCGAUCUGAAAAUAACAGUAGCAAGUGGCAUGUAGUUAUGGUGUGAUUCCUUGUUUCAGAGAAGUGGAGUUUAGAGGGGAUGAGGGCAACAAAAAAGGCUUGUCUUUUUUUCGGUCUCUCAAAGUCAACACCCAACGUCUCUCUAGCACAAGUAAGAUUGAAAAAGCAGCUUAUAUAGACGACUAAGCAAAAAAGGAAUGUUUUGGACCUGAUAUUUAACUUUAAUUUUCCUGAAGUUCAGUAGAAACUUAGCCUUGCAUUGAUUUUGUUUUAUUUUGUUUUAUUUUAUUUUUUGCAGGAAGGGCGAUUACUACCGCUACAUUACCGAGAUAAAUCAAGGUGAUGCUGCUAGGAAAGAGCCGGCAGAUAAAGCUCUUAAGGCUUACAAAGAUGCGGAGGCUGUGGCUACUGGUCUCGCUACCACUCAUCCCAUUCGUCUUGGUCUGGCCCUUAACUUUUCCGUGUUCUAUUAUGAGAUCCUGGAGAGCCCAGAUGAAGCAUGUCGGCUGGCCAAGAGAGCUUUUGAUGACGCGGUCAGCGAACUAGACGCCUCUAGCAAUGAGACACACUACAAGGAAAGCACACUAAUUAUGCAGCUUUUGAGAGAUAAUUUAACGCUUUGGACUUCAGAAAUGCAGGAAGAAGGUAUG